AUGAAAUCAGCAAUACUUGACUUGCGUUACCUAUUGAUACAAACGUCAACACCAAAACACACUAUUCCCAAACCCCACUUCCCCAACCCCACUUCCCCAUCCCCACUUCCCCAUCCCCACUUCCCACUUCCCCAACCCCACUUCCCAAAACCCCACUUCCCCAUCCCCACUUCCCCAUCCCCACUUCCCCAACUCCACUUCCCCAACCCCACUUCCCACUUCCCCACUUCCCACUUCCCCAACUCCACUUCCCCAUCCCCACUUCCCCAACCCCACUUCCCCAACUCCACUUCCCCAACUCCACUUCCCCAACUCCACUUCCCCAUCCCCACUUCCCCAACCCCACUUCCCCAUCCCCACUUCCCACUUCCCGAACUCCACUUCCCCAACCCCACUUGCCCAUCCCCACUUCCCCAGCUCCACUUCCCCAACCCCACUUCCCCAUCUCCACUUCCCCAUCCCCACUUCCCCAUCCCCACUUCCCCAACGCCACUUCCCCAUCCCCACUUCCCCAUCCCCACUUCCCCAUCCCCACUUCCCACUUCCCGAACUCCACUUCCCCAACCCCACUUCCCCAACUCCACUUCCCCAACUCCACUUCCCCAACUCCACUUCCCCAACUCCACUUCCCCAACCCCACUUCCCCAACUCCACUUCCCCAACCCCACUUCCUCAACUUCACGUCCCCAACCCAACUUGCCCAACCCCACUACCCCAAACCCACUUCCCACUUCCCGAACUCCACUUCCCCAACCCCACUUGCCCAUCCCCACUUCCCCAACUCCACUUCCCCAACUCCACUUCCCCAACUCCACUUCCCCAACUCCACGUCCCCAACCCAACUUCCCAAACCCCACUUCCCAAUCCCCACUUCCCCAUCUCCACCUCCCCAACCCCACUUCCCCAUCCCCACUUCCCCAUCCCCACUUCCCCAACCCCACUUCCCCAACUCCACUUCCCCAUCUCCACUUCCCCAUCUCCACUUCCCCAACCCCACUUCCCCAUCUCCACUUCCCCAACCCCACUUCCCCAUCUCCACCUCCCCAACCCCACUUCCCCAUCUCCACUUCCCCAACCCCACUUCCCCAACCCCACUUCCCCAUCUCCACCUCCCCAACCCCACUUCCCCAUCUCCACUUCCCCAACCCCACUUCCCCAACUCCACUUCCCCAUCUCCACUUCCCCAACCCCACUUCCCCAACUCCACUUCCCCAACCCCACUUCCCCAACUCCACUUCCCCAACCCCACUUCCUCAACUCCACGUCCCCAACCAAACUUCCCAAACCCCACUUCCCAAUCCCCACUUCCCCAUCUCCACCUCCCCAACCCCACUUCCCCAUCCCCACUUCCCCAACCCCACUUCCCCAUCUCCACCUCCCCAACCCCACUUCCCCAUCCCCACUUCCCCAACCCCACUUCCCCAUCUCCACUUCCCCAUCUCCACUUCCCCAACCCCACUUCCCCAUCCCCACUUCCCCAUCUCCACUUCCCCAACCCAACUUCCCAAACCCCACUUCCCAAUCCCCACUUCCCCAACCCCACUUCCCCAUCUCCACCUCCCCAACCCCACUUCCCCAUCUCCACUUCCCUAA